GCCCGCCAGUGACGGCCCGUUGCUAUGGGGAAGGCCGCUGCUGUUCGCCCUCAACACGGCGGCGGCUGGUGCGGGUCCGGGUGUUGGGACCCCUGUCUGUCUCUCCCGGCCCCCCCCCAGGGGUGGGGUCAGGCCCGGUACCCCGUGAGCGGAGUGGAGCCCGGGAGACCGCUCAGCCCGUCAGGCCGUGCCUGACCUGAACAUGGUGGAGGGAGUCGGUUGGCUGGCCCAGGGCUGCGUGAGGCGGUGUCAGGAUGUGGAGAGAUCGGCCGGUUUCAUCGGUAAAUAUAAAAACACAGCUAGAAGGACUAGAUGAAGAACGACAAAGGUUAGAAGAGGAACAAAAAACAAACCGAGCUAAAGUUCGUAAGCUUACUUUGCAGACAAUCCGAAGACGAAAGGCUCUUGAGGAGAAACGCAAAGAUAAUGAAGAAAAAGAACAGAAGUUUAGAGAGGAAGUGCUUCAAGAACGCAAACUGAAACAACAGGAGGCAACUGAGAGAUUUCAGAGAGCCCAUCUGCCACCAUCACAGCGCAGGCAAAACCGAAUCGGUCAUAGAAAACGGGCCAUUCGAUUAGAGGAAGCUCUUGAACAGGUUCAAGGUUCAUCUUGUGGGUCAGCGUCCUCAUCAUAUGUUAUUGCAAAGUCCACAGUUAACAAAUGGACGACUGAUUUGCUUCUGAAUCUAUCACCUCAUGAGAUUAGAAAUGGUUCUCGCUAUCAGAUACAGCUUUCAGAAGCUAAGGCUUAUGCCAAGCUUAUGCAAGAGAGAAGUGGGGCAAAUCUGCAAAACAGCCGAUUAUACUUCCAGCGGGAGUUGGAAGAGACACAACGCCUCCUGGGGGAGCAGCAACUGAAUAGUUUACAGGAAUUCCAACAAGAAAUUGACCAACUUUAUCAGUCUGAAAUCUUAUCAAGUCUUGACAGUUUAGAAACUGAGGGGCAAAACACUACCCACCAGACUGAGCCAAUUGAAUCAAAUUCUCUCUCUGUUCAGAUUAAUCAUACGUCUAAUAACAGAGUGAAGCCACAUCCACCUGUAAAAGAUUCUUUGAACUCAUGUAGAACAGAUUUUUAUCCUCUGAAAAACACACAUAUAAGUGCCUGGAUCAACAACUUGGAUAGUAGCCAAACUUCCCUCUCUUCAGCAGUUGUGAAAACAAAUGGGACUGAAGCUUCAGCUACAAAGGAGUAUUUGAGUGAUAAGCAACAUACAUUAGCUUUUGCGAAAAUUGAUUCUGAAUGUUUUGACUCAGGUCCUCUUUCUUCUGUUGAAAGAUAUCAGAAUGAAUCCUCAACAAAACUUUACAAUAACAAUCAACAUAAAAUUAUAGAAAAUAAUGCCCACUCCAUAGAGAGUCAUCCAACAACCCGACCUUCUUCUGAAAGCUCCCUUGGCCACACUGCUCAUUCUGCAACAAGGCCUUGCAAUGCCUGGUCUACCCCAGAUCCAACACCUAGGGAAGCAACUCAAGUUUCAGAUGUGAAUGACAGAUUAGAAUCUGUGCACCAAAAUGAACCUGUAACGUUGCAUUCUUUGAAACUGCCUUUAGCAACACCUUUCUUUUUAAACUUUAGUCCAAAGUCACAAUUGUUCAGUGACAGAAGGAAUACUGACAGUAUAAAAGAGAGUCAGAAGACUGUCGAACAAAAUCAUCUACUGGCAUGCACUGGUGCAACUAAUCAAAUAAACCAAAAAGCUGACUUUUCCAGUGAAAGUGAAGGCAACCACGCUUCUUCUAACAAAUAUAAUUUGGGCAUUAAAAGUAGACAUGGCUCUGAAGGAGCCAGUCAGAAAUCUGCACCUUCUCAAGCAGCAUUUAAUUCUUCUGAAUCUGAUUCUGAAAAUAAUGUGACAGAAGGAAAGGAAAAGAAACUGGCAGCACAUUCUUCAAUGUCUACUACAAGAUUAAAAACCAGCAAAAACUAUUUCUAUGAAAAGAGCAAUUUCAACCUACUGAAGGGAAUACUAAAGAAAGCGUCAAAGUAUGACAAUGGUUAUCCCAAAUCUGUACUGUCUGCAACUGGUGUGCUUGGAAUUCAAAUGGCAUCCUCCAUCAGGGACAGCGUGGAGUUGAUAAAAAUGAAAGAAACAGAAUCUGUCAAAAAUCCAACAAAGAAAAAACUGAGAUGGUUUGAUGAGAUUGAACAAACCAAUCAAUUUACAAAAGUGCCAAAUAAAGAUGCUGGAGAAGAACUGGAGAUUACAAAAGACAGUAAAAGUUCAGGAUCAACUAGUCAGAGUCAAGUACAGUCACCAUGUUCGGAAAAUAAUGGCAGUUUCACUAAUGGUAAGUCAAUUGUGGAAAGUAAAAAAGAAUCAAAAUGGACCACACUUAAUACUGGUCACAAGACUGCUGUAGAUUGUAGCCUUGCUGGCCGCCAGCAGACGGAAUCCAAGGGAGCAGUGACAGAUCCUGUCAUUUUAGAAACAGCUUCUGUGACCCAUGGAAUAACACCAGCUGUACCACCUCAAUAUCAUCUUACUAAACAAGCCUGGGCAGCUACAGAAACUAGAAACAUAGACCAGAAAAUAACCGUGAAGAACACUAUUAUCAAACCUGAGAAACCCAUGGUAAGGAAAGGACAUUCCAAAGUGAUCAAAAGAGCCCAUUCUGCUAAAGUUUAUUUUUGUACAAGAGGCAACUGCCGGAAAGGGACCAUAAUCAGACCCCAGUCAGCCAGUGAAGCAAUGAAAUCUCAGGGUAAAAUAUUGAUACCACAUCCUCCAUCCAGACUAGCUAUUGACAGCAAACAUUGUCAAAGAACAAAAGGCAAUUUCAACAGCAGUUGUCAGUCACAAAUGCAGCCUGCUAAUGUCAUUGACAAUUCGUCCACUAAAUCAAGGGAAUUUAUACCAGAUAUUCAUUAUACUUCUAGUAAAGAUAAUGCAGAUAAAACUGCAGUCUCAGGCCUUUGGCCUCAGAAAAAGUUUUCGAAUAACACAUCUGUCGCCAUCACUACAUUUCCUUCAUCCUAUUUAGUGUCCCCAUUUGAAACUGUUCCUAAAGCAACCUAUUCAGUAAAUACUACCAAAUCUGUGCUUCAACAAGGUGAUGUAAACAAUGGCACAAAACAAGACUCUAAAUGUGGAGGGGACAGAUUGCGUUUGGAUAGCACACCAACUGAUGAAGAAAUUGCACUGCUUUGGCAUGGAGUGCGCAGUGCCUUGGCACGAAAGGAUGUAAUAAGUGGUGAUGCUCGAAACUACUUAUCAUCUCGGAACAAUGGGCAUAAAACAAAUUUGCAACAUCAUCGAACUAAUGUUUCCCAGUUGAGUAUUGAUGGAAGCACCUUAAUGAAUGGCAUGCGAUCAGUUUCUAGAGGAGACCGAUUACUUUCUGCUCCUUCAGUUGCAUUUACAAGAAGAAAUCAUCCCACGGAUACACAUAGCAGUGGAAUAAAAUACAGAGCUCUUCUUGAGCAGAGAAGAAUGAAUAUUGGUUCGACUACACAUAAAUCUGAUCAAAUAGGACAGAACUUCCAGAUUAGUCCAUUUCCAAGUGCUUUUGAUCCAGUCCAAACAAUAAAUGCCGCUCAAAACUCUGAAGAAGUUUCACAAAGCACUGAACAGUUUAUGCUGGCAGAAAACAUGGUUGAAACAUCUGCUCAAGACAGUGACAUCCUUUCAGCUAUGGAGACAAUAGAGACUCAACAAUACAGUUUUCUUCAAAACAAAGUGCAACGACUAGGUCUCAGUGCACUGUCAUUUGAAGAACAAAAGCUGCUUCAGUCAUUAGACCGUCUUGAUAAAAGAUUGCAGUAUAUCAAAGAAAUAGUCCAGACAAGUCCAUCUGAUGGCUUAUUACAGAUUCCAUCUCCUUUUGUCAUAUCAAAUGGUGCUUCCAGCUCAAGUACUAGACCAGAACAAGUCCUUUGUGACACACAGAAAGAUCACAGCUUCGCUCCUGAUAAUUAUGGAAAAUUUCAAAGAAAAUACUGAAGAAACAAGACCAGCUGAUGACCAUGAAACCCUACAUGAAGCUUAUUGUAUAGUAUGAACUUAUUCUGAGGUGAAAACUUUGAAACUUUUUGUUUAAGUUUACAAUGCAUUUUAGCACAAACCAAUUUCUCUUUUCAAAAGUUAUUACCUCAAUUACCUAAAGGUAGUAAAGUUAAUUUUGCUAACUUUUAACUACCAUAAGAACAUUAAAAACUAAGAGCAGGAGCAGGCAAUGCCCCAUCAAUUAACACAAUUGUGGCUGAUCCCAUCUUAGCUUCAACUCUAUAUGCUGUUGAUAACCAUUCCACUCAUUAUUAAUUAUAAAAACUAGGAGCAUCUACUACCAUAUUUCUCUGUAUCCUCAUUGGAUAUAUCAGCUAAAAAGUGCCUGAAAAACCUAUCUGAUUAAUAAGACAGUAAAAUAUUUCCUUAAAUGUAGUUCUUUUUGUGUUUGUUUGUUCCUUGGGUUAGGCAGGGGGAAAAAAAAAUAAUUUUGUAAUGUGAUUUAGGGAUAAUGCAGACUUUUUUCCUGCACAAGUAUAAUGAUUGGUUUGAAUACAGUAUCAUCAAUGAAGAACUGAUAGAUAUAAUGUGGCUAUUCCAAAGAAACGAUAAGGAGUGAGGAUCUUGCAAACAGUUUCCAACUUGCAGAUUUGUUACAUUCUCACACUUGUUUCCUUGAUUUAUUGAAUUAGUAACUAGUAAUCAUAGUCGCAACCUUGAGAAAAUAAGAAAAAAAAUCAUAUAGAGCUCUAGUGUUCUGGAUACAGAAUUAUGUACAACAUUGCAUUUUAAGUUUAAUCCAAGCGAGGCAAUUUGUCCAUUUGAUCAAUUAUCUUAUUCAUUCCAGUCAGAAACUUAAUACAUAUACACCCACUGCUGGCACCCUCUCACCGAUCAACAAUACAACCUUAUUGUUCUGACACUAGCAUCAAAAUAUACAGUGGACUAUAAUUCACUAUGCAGAUGACAUCAGCAUUUUGUUAGACUUGUUACUGUAUGUUUAGGUUUUUAAACUUUUCACAGGGCAAGUGGCUGAAAGUGCAAUCUGCCAACAUCACGUAAAGAGAAAGAGAGUGAUCGGGUCGCUAUUCAACCAGUCAGAUUGGAGGAUUGUGAGAGUAGCAGCAAAAGAGCAAAAAAAGCAAUAUAAGUUAUAGGUGAUGAAUUCAAUGUUAAAUCAAGUACAUAAAGAUAAGGAAAAAAAUUGGUUUGAUAGAGCAAACAAACAAAAAAGUUUGAAAAUGUUUUUUAAAAAAGACAAUUCAUUAUUUUUACAACUCCAACAAUGAAAAUCUGGAGAAAUGUGGCUCCACACUCAUGAUAGUUAAAUCUCAGCAUCAAACAGAUUGAAUUGAAAUAAUUAGCAUUUAAAAACUUCUUAAUCAUAUACUUAGACUGAACUGGACAAGACCUAACUUUCCAUAGGUAUGUUUAGUUUGAGUUAUCGUGGAAAUAUUUCAGCCUCAUGCUAUUCUUUGCAUUUCAAUGGUGAAGCAGAGAUCAAGCUACUAUUUAUGCAAAGCUAAAGGCUUUGCAGACUACAACUUCUGGAUAUUUGAACUUAACACCACAUUUGUCUCUGCACGAAAUUGCUCUACUGUUUAUGGGUGAAUAACAUUGAGAGUUAUUGCCUUCAUGGUUAUUUUACUAACUGGUGUGACCAGACGUUUUGGAUUUUGCAAGUAAUAUUUUUCCAGUAAUUUUGCCUCUACCCUUUACUUUCUUCAGUAGAUGCUAUAAAUGCUUGCUGCAUUGAAGUUCAGUGAGCACAAGGUGCCUUCCUGUAUCUCAGCAAUGUGAUCUAUUCUUAGUUGCAGACCUUGAAAGGGAGUUAGUGUUGACACGUGAGCAUUGUGGGACCAUCAAACUGAAUCUUUGUUUGUUCUUAUCUGACAUCCAAACAUGGAUAUUUCGAGUACAAAUUACUGAAUAGCAAUCAGGAUGUGAAACUGGAGAUGCCAGUCCAUUCAAGAACAUAAAAGCCAAUUGAAACAUCAUUGUGUAAUGUAGAGAUACCGUUUUCAAAAGGGGAUUUGUUUACACUGUGGGUUGUAGGAUAUUAUUCUAUAUUUUCUAAUUAGUUGGGAUGCUGAAAGCAUCCGUUUGAAACACUUUAUAAUGCUCAUUGUUCUUUUGGAAAAGAAAUAAUUGUUAAUAAUCAUUGUUUUGAGAGACAACAAUCUCUGCUAAUACGUUUUGAUAUUUUUCUUCUUGCAAUUAAUAUACAAUAAGGAAUGACUGUUGACAUUGACAUCUGGGUGAAUCCUAAAUAUUAGCCUGCAAAGAAGUGCAAUAUUUUUAGCUUCAAUUUUGAUUUAAAAAGCACAAAGAGGUUGAAUAACAUAAAAACUGCAGAUUCUUUUCUCUGUCUUUGUCUUAACACGUGACUUUUUGUAUUGUCUGUCUUUCUCUCUCUCUAUCUCUGUCUCUCUGACGUUCUUUCUCUUUCUCUCUCUCAUAUUCUCUCUCUCUCUCUUUGUCUUUCUGUCAGAACAGAACUAUCAAGAACUGACUUUCUUCAUCUGCAAUCUCAAUGGCUGUUCAGAAUGGUAAAGCUGAGAUAAAUUUCAAUAUCUGUGUUUCUCCUGUGAUCAGAAAUAUUCCAAAAUCUUUGAACCAUAAACCUAGCAACAACAAAGGAAUAAUUACCUUGACAUAUUAAAAACUAAUACAAACGUUUUUGGCUGAUGGAAUGGUGUACCAGAGAGUAACAGCCUCUGAAGUAUCUUUGUUGAAACAGGUUUAUGUUCCUAAUAUAUGCAUUCAUGAAUAUAGCUAAAUUUUUAUAAUCACACACUUAAGUUAAAUAUAUCCUUCAAUAUGCUUUGAUAAAAAGACUUCUAUUUUAUUAAUGAUGUAACCAUUGUAAUUGAAUAUUGUGGUACAAACAAAAAAAAUCAAAUUUACAUAUAUGUGCAUAUUGAAACAUGUAAGCUUGGAUUUAUUUUGUUACAAUAUUGUAGUAGGAUCAAAAUAUUGAUCCUGCUUAGCAGGUUUUGAAUGAUCAAAUUUGUGUUGUGAUUGUACCUUUAUUUCUAGUGUACUUAAGUUUGUAAUGUGUGUGCUUUAUUUGCUAAAUUAUACAAGCUGUUUUCAAUAUUA